ACAGAAAGAUGCCCUGUCCAAUUCACUGCCUUCCCAACCAUGGCCAUGAGUUCCCAUUGGCGGAACAGCAUUCCCAGUCAGGGCAGAGAUUGCAACAAUAUGUGUAAAGUCCAGCUGGCUCACUUUAGAAAGGGCUGCGUUGUGGAACAGGCAGAGGAAAUCGCAGGACGGAGCAGAGGCCUGCCAGAUCGAAGCAGCGUGGAGGAAGCCCUACAAGCUGAACAUGGAAGGGGCUCUCGUGGCCCGGGACAGAGUUGGGAUUCAAGAUUUCGUCCUUUUGGAUUCUCACACAAGUGAAAAUGCCUUCUUGGACAACCUUCGCAAGCGAUAUCGGGAGAACCUCAUCUAUACGUACAUUGGAACUCUCCUGGUGUCUGUGAAUCCCUACAAAGAGCUGGGCAUCUACACAGCGAAACAGAUGGAGCAAUACAAAGGGGUGAACUUCUUUGAGCUGCCACCACACAUUUAUGCCAUAGCCGACAAUGCCUACCGGGUCAUGUGCACGGAGUACAACAAUCACUUCAUUCUGAUUUCGGGGGAGAGCGGUGCUGGGAAAACAGAAGCCUCCAAGAAGAUCCUGCAGUAUUUUGCCAUGACCUGCCCCACCACGGACCAACUGCAGGUCGUCCGAGACAGGCUGCUGCUCUCCAACCCUGUUCUGGAGGCUUUUGGAAAUGCAAAAACUUUACGGAAUGAUAAUUCAAGCAGGUUUGGAAAGUACAUGGACAUCCAGUUUGACUUUAAGGGAGCUCCUGUUGGUGGGCAUAUCCUCAGCUACCUGAUAGAGAAGUCCCGUGUUGUCCACCAAAAUCCCGGGGAACGGAAUUUCCACAUCUUCUACCAGUUGCUGGAAGGCGGGGAAGAGGAUUUGCUCCAAGACCUCGGCCUGGAACGCAACCCUCAGAAGUACAUGUACCUAAUUCAGGGGCACUGUGCCAAAGUGUCUUCCAUCAAUGACAGGAGCGACUGGAGGACAGUGCACAAAGCUUUCACCGUCAUUGACUUCAAAGUGAGAGACCUUGAGAACCUCUUUGGAGUAAUUGCCAGCGUCCUGCAUCUGGGAAACAUCCAGUUUGAGGAGGAUAGCAAUGGCCAUGCUAUCAUCACUACUGGCUCCCAGAUCAAGUGGAUCUCAAAGCUUUUGGGAGUCCACCUAUCAAUUCUGCAAGAAGCCCUAACUCACAGAAAAAUUGAAGCCCGGUUUGAAGAGGUUUUAAGCCCACUGGAUGUUGACCUGGCCUUUUACGCUCGAGAUGCAGUGGCAAAGGCCAUUUAUGGGCGGACAUUUACUUGGCUGGUCAACAAAAUCAACAGCUCUUUAGCAAACAAGGAUCUCACCAGGAAAACUGUGAUUGGGCUGCUUGAUAUUUAUGGCUUUGAGGUUUUUGAGACAAACAGUUUUGAGCAGUUCUGUAUCAACUACUGCAAUGAGAAGCUACAGCAACUGCUGAUAGAGAUGACCCUGAAGGCUGAGCAGGAGGAGUAUGAACUGGAGGGCAUUGAGUGGGAGCCAAUCCCAUACUUCAACAACAAGAUCAUAUGUGACCUCGUGGAAGAGAAACACAAGGGGAUCAUUUCCAUACUGGAUGAAGAAUGCCUGCGGCCCGGAGAAGCAACAGACCUGAGCUUUCUGGAAAAGUUGGAGGAGAAAGUAGGAGACCAUGCCCACUUCGUGACGCGGAAGCUGGCUGACCAGAAGACGCGGAAAUCCAUUGACUGGGUGGACUUCCGCCUUCUUCACUAUGCUGGAGAGGUGACCUAUUGUACUGUCGGAUUCUUGGAGAAAAAUAAUGACUUGCUGUACCGGAACCUUAAAGAAGUGCUGUGCAGGUCCAAAAAUGGGAUCCUCAGAGAAUGUUUCCACCUGACGGAGCUGGACAACCGAAGGAGGCCCGAGACUGUGGCAACUCAGUUCAAAAACAGCCUGGCUAGUUUGAUAGACAUCCUCAUGUCAAAAGAACCAUCCUACAUUCGAUGCAUUAAACCCAAUGAUGACAAAGCGGCUGACAAAUUUGAUGACUCCUUAAUAAGGCACCAGGUGAAGUACCUGGGCCUAAUGGAGCACCUGCGGGUGAGGCGAGCCGGCUUUGCUUACCGUCGGAAGUAUGAGCACUUUCUGCAAAGGUACAAGUCCCUGUGUCCGGAUACCUGGCCUUACUGGCAAGGGACAGCUGCCAAAGGAGUUGAGAAGCUCAUCAAGCAUAUUGGCUACAAGCCAGAAGAGUACAAAAUGGGAAAGACCAAAAUAUUCAUCCGUUUCCCAAGAACUCUGUUUGCUACAGAAGAUGCCUUUGAAUUCAGAAAAAAUCGGCUAGUUUCCAGAAUACAAGCCAAAUACAAAGGAUGUUUAGGGAAGCGUGAGUUCCAAAAGAUGAGGGAAGCAGCCAUUAAACUGGAGUCCUGCUGGAGAGGAGUCCUGGCCCGGAAGCUGGCCAAAAAGAGGAUGUGGGCAGCCCAGACCAUCCGGAAGUACAUCAGAGGCUUCAUCCACCGGAAGCAACCCUUGAACCGCAAUAACAAGGACUUCGUGAGGCUUGUGCAGUACACCUACCUCAUGAAACUCAGAGAUCAUGUCCCAAAGAACGUCCUGGACAAAAGCUGGCUUAAGCCUCCGGAGAUCAUGCAAGAGACAUCUGAGGUCCUGAGGAAGAUCUGCACAAGAAACCUUGUCCGGAAAUAUUGCCGUGGCAUCACAGCACAGAAGAAAGCACAGAUGGAAGAAAAAGUGAUUGCUAGUGGCAUCUUCCGCGGAAAGAAGGCUGGCUAUGCCCAGAGCCUGAAUGAACCAUUUCUUGAGACCAGGCUAAACGAGAGCGAAUUGAGCCCCAAAGUCCUGCAGCUGAUCCGCCACGAGAGAGUGAAGUAUGUGACGCCGGUGGUGAAGUACGACCGGAAUGGCUUCAAACCCCGAGAGCGGCUGCUGGUUCUGACACGUGUGGCAGCUUAUGUGGUGGAGACGGCCAAGAUCAAGCAGAGGAUUGAGUAUGCGACCCUCAGAGGCCUUUCUGCCAGCAGCUUGGGCGACCAUAUCUUAGUUAUCCACGUUUCAGAAGACAGCAAACCAGAGAAGGGAGACGCCAUUCUGCAGUGUGAGCACUUUUUUGAGACGGUCACAAAACUCUGCAUUCUGGCCCACAAGCAGGAUUCUGUCUCGGUGGUCCAGGGAAGCCUCCAGUUCCAAAUCAGUUCAGGGAAAGAAGGGACAAUGGUUUUCACCACUGGGCAGGACGCUCAGGUCUACAAAGCCAAAAAUGGACAACUGACGGUGGUAUCACCCAGAAUAACAUCCUGAUGGAAGCACAUGUUCCACCUUUGCCUGUUAACUGCUGAUAUUCGAAAGAGAAAGUAGCCCAAACUCCUCUGUGGAGAGGAGCAGAGUCCAUAUUAUAAUUCUGAUGCUUACAAAGAGUGUUUUGAUGCCAUAGGACUGUUGCAGAUCCCACGACUGACUGUAUGAAUACUCUCAAUAACUGGCUAUAUUUUUUUGAUAACUUGCCUCUAAUCUAAGUCAACAGUUACAGAUUUCCUUAAUAGGUCCAAGUGAAGAAAGCCUCAGAAAAGAAUUGCACCUUAGAAGUGGAGGAGGAAGUUCUACACUCUGGAAAAAGUCUUCUUCCCAUCCAUGAAUGUUACAAGGCUGGAAGCGCAAUGGCAGAAUCUGUAAAUCUGAAUCCUACAACCUGGAGAAAUAUGAGGCAGGCAGCUGUUGUCCCUUAGGGUUUCGAAACACAACUCUCCUCAUUUUUUCUGGCACUGUUUUUUGGGGGGAACCUUGAGAUCCCCGCUGCUGCUUGGGCAGCCACAGGCCCACCAAAGGGAGAUGGGGUAGGGGGAAGGUUCUGCAGUCAAAAUCGUGCCUCCGUGUUCCUCUCUAUACUAGCAACAUGUGAUUGUAAGUGGCAAUGUGAAUUACAAAGACUAAGAGAAACAUG